AUGGAUGAUUAAUAUGCUAUCUCAAUUAAUAUUGACAUCAAUACUUUCAUUUAUUAACUUAAUUCCUUCCUAAAUAAAUUCCAAUUUAAAUCUUUCCCUAAUAAACCUAUGGAAAUAUAAAAGAAACAUUCUUCUUUCAAAACAAUGUAUUCAGAUCAUUCCAAAUUUAAAACUCAAGAAUAAUAACCAAAUUAUUCUUAAAAAGAUUAAAUUCGAUUAGAUGAUUUUUAUAAACCUUGA